AUGACAACGUCAACUUCACCGUCGGGUGUUUUUCUUGAUCGGAAUAUCACCAGCCCGAUUGGGAGCUCCAUCAUUGCCGGGUUCUAUCAGGGGCGCAAGAAGAACGCGAAGAAGUGGAGCUCCGUUGAAACACAUUCCGGGGCACUUAACGGGACGGCGAAGGUGGACGGGAAAACAUACUUCCGGGUGAAUUUUACGACGUCGGUGAAGUACAAAAUCAUGUUCUUUUACACCGCGCGACACAGAUUAUGGGGAGGAGCUAAUGUCGCCGUUAAUGAUGCCGGCUUGAAAGAUGAGAAAGAUGAUAUCAGACUUGGACACUCUCUUCAAGUGAUCGAGUCCGGCGCAACCCCGCUCACUACGGAUGCUAUUAUAUGCUUCUGGUUUUGGGUCUUGUUACCCGUUUUGUACUUCCAGAAAUUGAAAGAAUAUGAACUCUAUAACCUAAAUUUAGAAGAUUUUUUUGGAAACACAGAAGUUCACACUCGUCAUAACUUUGUUUAA